CAUGUGCAGUACCAUGUAAACACUAUUGUCGCCUUUAGCUCAGGUUGUAGUUGUUGUUGCUGGUGCUAAUGGUAGACUUAGUUAAAUUGAGUUACAAUUCGUGUAAUAUUACCGAUUUUUAGCAUUUGAUGAAAGCUCCUGAACGUUUUAUGCCACGUGUCUUGCGUUAAGAUAAUCACGCGCAUCAGAUAAUGUUUUUCUAACGGUGUCUUUGCGUUAGCUCGCACUCAAUGAUAAAGCAUUUGUGACGUUAAUGUUAGCUAGCUGCUUAACACUUUUGCGUUAAAUAGCCAAUUAGCUGGAGUGCUCCUCCACAGCUGAGCAGUAUGUUUAGCCAAAAUGCCAAAUGGCAUUAUAUUACUGUGUAGUUUAAUUAGCGGUCUAAGCAGGCAGGGUUUGCUACCUCGGUUCAUUGAACGUCGUUUGACGGAGAACAAGCUAACGCUACGUUAACAAGUCGCCAGUCGGCUGCAAGUCUCGGUCCGCUCGGAUAAAAAAAACAAAGAAAACUCAAAGACACCUCGCCAAAUAAUCACAUGUUGACUGAAACCAGGAAACGUCAGCGCGCCAGCGGUGGUGAUGAGGAGAGUGGCCACCUAGUGCCCCAGGCCAAAAGGCAGAGCAGGGCUCAUCCCCUGUCUCCUGAGCCGGGCCGGGAUGCGUGCGACUCUGAGUCAUCCAACAGCGAGAGCAGCAGCAGAAUCAGCAGUCCAGAGCAUGCAGCUGGGAUCUAUGGCAGUCAGUGUGUCGUAGGCUCUUGCAGUCCCCUCAGCUAUGGCGACUUAUCAGAACUUGCUGGCCCUACGAACCUGGUGUCCUACCUGCAGAUCAACCGCAUCCUGAAGGAGGCCCACUUUCAGAGUCUGCAGAAUCGAGCAGAUGUUCUGAAUGCAGAUGUUCAUGAAAAGAGCAGCAGAGGGCAGCACACUCAUGAACGUCCUCUGUGCUUAACUUUAUUCCCAACAGUUUGAAGCUCCUACAUUUUGGGAAAUUCAAAGACUGGUUCAAAAUGUUUAGGCUCUUUCAAAAAUGUUUGUCUUUUAAUAUGGUUCAAAACAUGUGUGCACACGCUAAUGUACACAGUGUCCUUUAGGUGCAGCACACGCAUAUGAAGGUGGGUGGUGAUGAAUGGCUCACAUCAGCUGAGUGAAGAGGCAGGAGAGAGUUAAAUGAACUGUCCUUGUUCUGGGGUCUAUGUAUGCGCAUACAUUGUUAUAUUUUUACCGUGGCAAGUGAAAAAAUCUGGGUUAGUCCAUAGCUGCUUGUCCUCUAAGAUUCUGUUCGCUUGCAAGAAACCCAGUGA